UAGAAUUAUAGAGGGAAUAUCUUUCUUUCCUUUCCCUUUGUUUUUAUAGAAGAAGUUUGGAGAUAGAUAUCAACUACAUUCAUUUUGCAGUUCCUGAUGAAAGCCAGUGUGCCAGCAGUGACUGCCUCAUUUCUGCAUAUUCUACUUACUUCAGGAAAACCAGCACUUUCCAGUGUUCCAGUGUUAUGCAGGAACUGGCUUAGUGAAGAUGAAGAAUAACAGCUCAUCAUUCUCCCCACUGAUUAAACAAACCUUGUUCUUUUAAUGCAUUCUCAUUCAACAUCUCUGGUACUGUGUCAUAAGUGAUCAAGUGUGGAUAUGUCAAAAGGAAACAAGACCCUGGUGACGGAGUUUGUCCUCACAGGACUUACAGAGAGACCAUGGCUGGAGGUCCUCCUCUUCCUUGUGUUUUUAGUUAUCUACCUCACCACCAUGGUGGGCAACCUUGGACUGACAGCUCUUAUUUGGAAGGAUGCCCAUCUUCACACACCCAUGUACUUGUUCCUCGGUGGUUUAGCUUUUGCAGAUGCUUGCACUUCAACUUCUGUAACUCCCAGGAUGCUGGUCAAUUUCUUAGACAAGACUGCAAUGAUAUCCCUGGCUGAGUGCAUUACCCAAUUUUAUUUUUUUGCUUCCAGCGCCACUACAGAAUGUUUCCUACUGGUAGUUAUGGCUUAUGAUCGCUAUGUAGCCAUAUGUAACCCCUUGCUGUAUCCAGUGGUGAUGUCCAACAGACUCUGCACUAGGUUGAUAAGCAUGGCAUAUGCUAUUGGUUUUAUACAUCCUCUGGUUCACGUGAGCUUGUUAUUAAGAUUAACUUUCUGCAGGUCUAACAUAAUACAUUAUUUCUACUGUGAAAUUUUACAGCUGUUCAAAAUUUCAUGCAAUGACCCAUCCAUUAAUGCACUAAUGAUAUUUGUUUUUGCAGCUUUUAUACAAAUAUCCACUUUAAUGACCAUUGUAAUCUCUUAUACUCGUGUGCUCUUUGACAUUCUGAAAAAAAAGUCAGAAAAGGGCAGAAGCAAAGCCUUCUCCACAUGCAGUGCCCACUUGCUGUCUGUCUCACUGUACUAUGGCACUCUCAUCUUCAUGUAUGUGCGUCCUGCAUCUGGCCUAGCUGAAGAUCAGGACAAAAUAUAUUCCCUCUUUUACACAAUUAUAAUUCCCCUUCUAAACCCAUUUAUUUACAGCUUGAGAAAUAAAGAAGUUAUCGGUGCUUUGAGAAGAGUUGCAAAGAAGUAGACAGUUCCCAAGGAAAAUUUCAAAUUGUUUCUCCUUUUACCCUUUGCAUAAAAACAAGUCCUCAAGUCCUGCAGAUUAGCCUGGCUCUGCCCUUUUACCAGGGGGCCAGCGGGCAGAGUGGCCAUAGAGCACUGGGGGAAAGAACACAGCUUCACACAAUAGUUUCUUGGAUGUGGUUCCA